AGCCUGAGCAAUAUAGUGAGACCCCCUCCAUCUCUAUUUAUAAAAAAUAAAAUUAUUCAAUUUAAUAAAAAAAAAACUUAAAAAUGUCUUAAGAGGUCUUGGCUCUGGACUAAGUCCCACAUGCAUGUAUUCGAGAUGCCUCUUGGUCUAAGGAUCUAAAAUCUAACUAAAGCCUAUGGAGCCCUCAAGGAGUCCUUCCUCAAAGGUCUGGUAUCAGAUGGGGUCCAGGACCAUCGUGCGUGACAGUGACCUGGUGUGAGUCUGCAGAAAGAGUCCGGGUGAACAUUUGGCAAAGCAGUCCCUCCGCUAUGGAUGUUCAGUAUUUGGUAUUUCAGAUAGUAGUGAAAUGGAUGACUUGAUGGCUUCCUAUAAUUCCCAGAUGCCAGGUUUUGUGCUAAGUCAGACUCUUCACAUUCUGAAUCGAUGAUCACAUGAGAAAGACCUUUUAUUAUUUUCAUUUUUAUGAGAAAGCUAAGGUUCAAAGAGGUUAAGUAAUUUGGCCAAGGUCACCUGGUUUACAUGUGUUUAAAAACAUGUAUAUGUGAACAUCAUGCGAAUUAUUUAUUUGGCUAACUCAUUUGCAAAGCCUAUUAGGUAUAACUAAACAACAGAGAUGGUGGGUUGACAAGGAUAAAAAUGUCUUGGAGGCUGGGUGCAAGUGGCUCACACCUGUAAUCCCAACAGUUUGGGAGGCUGAGGCAGGAGGAUCCCUGAGGCCAGGAGUUCAUGACCAGCUGCGGCAUACACAUGCAGUCCAGCUGCUCAGGAGGCUGUGGUGGGAGGAUCACUUGAGCCCCAGAGGUCCAGCCUCAGUGAGCUGUGAUGACACCUCUGCACUCCAGCCUGGACGACAGAGUGAGAUCCUGUCUCAGAAGAAUAAAAAAAGAAAGAGAGAAAGAAAAACAAUGUUUUGGAAAGGAAUGCCAGGGUUUAGAGAAGUGACUUAAAAAUUAUGUCUUAGAUCAGACUUGUAGGUUUGCUUUGUAUUGCCUUGAGUGACACGUUAGGAGGAUCGCCAAGGGGAGAGGUUAUAAGCCCAGAUUGUGGUAAUAACUUUUACUCUGAAUUUUGGUCUGAAAGACUUUUCUUCGUCUGGAGCUGGGCUGGCCUCGUGACAUCGUGCGGCAGCAGACACGAUGGUGGAGCUCAUUGCCUGGAGCUUUCCCUCCGCAUUGAAUGAUAAUUUUUUUGGCCUUUUCAUGAAAUUCAGAUUCUGUCCCACUUAGGCAGUCCCGUUUAAGUGGCAGGCACUGAAUAUGGUUGCUUUCAAGCAAGAUGUUUUGUUUAACCAGGGGCGUAGCGGAGUUCUGGAUACACAGAUGGCCAUCCAAAAAUGUUAAAAGAAAGAAAUAAAGUAAUCCUCACAGCAUCUCUGAGAAGUGGUGCUUAAAUUUAUCACAAUCUUGCAGAUGUGUAAGCUGAGGCGUAGAGUUCAAGCAAUGCACUCAAAGCCAUGUGUAAGCGAUGGUGCCUGAUUCCAGAUGCAGAGAACCCCAAGGCCAGUCUGCUGCAUCUCUUACCAGUUUUUGGAAAAACCACAACAAACUUUUAAAGUUCUAGUAAUUUCUUUUCCCCUCCCACAACACGUAUUCCCAUAAACCAAGGACCAUGUGACUAGUCAGUAAACAAAAGGAAAUGCAUCUAGCAACUGUCGCUCCUAACAUUCUUGUUUCUUGCAGUUUCCAAGGUGGUUAGAUCCAUCAGACGCUAAAGCCGUGGAGAACACUCUCAGGACCCUUUGCCAAUUCUUGAAGCAGAAGCCGACAGACAGCUGUUUGGAAACGUUUCCUUCACACACCAGCUGAAGACUCGGCUUUGGAGGUUUUCAAAGCAGACGGCGCGUCUCGCUUGGACGGGCAGGGAGAAGUAACAUUCUGCAGAUCACUGUCAGAGGUCCUGAGGACGCAGACCUACCUGGCUUGCAUUCCCCUUGCUGAAUGGCAUGUGCUGCCGCCGCCCACUGAGAGCUCCUUUGGGAUUUUGACUUGUGAGUAGGACACGAGGCUGGGAAGAUGCUGAGUUCCAUCAAGUGUGUGUUGGUGGGCGACUCUGCUGUGGGGAAAACCUCUCUGUUGGUGCGCUUCACCUCCGAGACCUUCCCAGAGGCCUACAAACCCACAGUGUAUGAGAACACAGGGGUGGACGUCUUCAUGGAUGGUAUCCAGAUCAGCCUGGGCCUCUGGGACACAGCGGGCAAUGACGCCUUCAGAAGCAUCCGACCCCUGUCCUACCAGCAGGCAGACGUGGUGCUGAUGUGCUACUCUGUGGCCAACCAUAACUCGUUCCUGAACUUGAAGAACAAGUGGAUUGGUGAAAUCAGGAGCAACUUGCCCUGUACCCCUGUGCUGGUGGUGGCCACCCAGACUGACCAGCGGGAGAUGGGGCCCCACAGGGCCUCCUGCAUCAAUGCCAUAGACGGAAAGAGACUGGCCCAGGACGUCAGAGCCAAGGGCUACCUGGAGUGCUCAGCCCUUAGCAACCGGGGGGUGCAGCAGGUGUUUGAGUGUGCUGUCCGAACUGCCGUCAACCAGGCCAGAAGGCGAAACAGAAGGAGACUCUUCUCCAUCAAUGAGUGCAAGAUCUUCUAAACGCCAAGAGACUUCACACAACACUUACGUAUGCGCCCCAGAGACUAAUGGGGAGCGGGGGAAGCCAGGAAAACUUAGUGUUUUCUCUGGGUACACCCCAAGCAGCGUCUCCUUUUGGAUACAGUUAUUGACAAGACUUGGCCACUGGAUGUUUUCACUAACCAUACUCUACAAGUGAACUCCUUGCCUGGGCCAGUUCGAAAAUCCCUUGGGAAGCUGCAAUGAAUAUUCCAUCUUUGAUUAAAAAAGUGACAUAGUCUGCACAAUUUUGGACAACGAAGUGAGUUUUUCAAAGAAUUCCAUAUUUAAAGACACAUUUUAUUUAAUAACACAAUGUAUUGCUUUUGUAUAUAAUUAGUUUUCACACUUGGAAAAUCUUUUCCUACAUCCUCGAAAACAUAAACUGCUCUGUGAAUGAAAUAACCAUACGAAGCUCUUUAUACGUUUGUAGUGUUAUUAUUUUCACCUCAAGUAGAAAGUCUGUUGAAACCACUUGGCUGCUGGAUUUAAAUGGGUAAUCAAAUUUAAAAACGACCAUAAAUGAAUCUUUGCAAUUUAUCUUCUACCUACCUAUUAUUCAGAGUUGGAUAUAAAAUAACAGUUCCAUAAAAUAUCCUAA